AUGACAUCAUAUGAACUCAAAUUUGCCUUCACCCAAGCUGGUCUUGCCGCUCUUGCCUCUGCCCAAGAAAAAGUUUGUGUCGUAAAGAGUGUCAAUGGAAAGGUCUCAAAUGUAGUAUGGGUAACCUUCAAGCCCUUCUUGAAUAAUCAACUCUCCUGGCAAGAAACUUAUGGACUAUACUCGUCCUCUUCUCAAAUCCAGAAUGGUGCUACCAUCAAUAGACUCUCUACCCUUAAAAAUGCUGCCAAGGGACACCAAUACCCAUUCAACUCAUCUGGUUUCUUUGACCAAGCCAACUCGGUCUCUGUCAAGGGAUACGGUAUUGUUAACAACUAUGGUGAAUCUCUCACUUUUGGUCUCACUCAAACAGCUCUCGUCAACGGUGUCCAAGUUGAUUCUGAAUUGAAUGCCACCACUGUCCUCGGAAACCAAUCCGCUGAAUACACUCCAAUUGUUACCCUCUCUGUCUAUGUUGCCUCCCAACAAAAUAACGGAAGUGUCAUUUCCAGCAUCACCAGUCAAUCUUUGACUCUCACCUACACUUCUGAUACCUCCAAGAGUGUCUUCUUUGAUGAUACCCAAAAUAUGUUUGUCGAGGGAGACAUUCCAGCCUAA